CGCAACACCAGGGGGCGACAGCGCGACUUGCGGCACCGCUGCAUGUCCGUCUUGUCGCUCGCUGUCACGCGCCACUUCCUCCUCCACGUGCGGACGCAGGAUGGCGGCGCUGGCGGCGGUGGCGGCGGACGAGGCGGCGGAGGCGCGCGACGUGCAGCGGCUGCUCGUGCAGUUCCAGGAUGAAGGGGGCCAGCUGCUGGGCUCCCCGUUUGACGUGCCCGUGGACAUCACCCCGGAAAAGCUGCAGCUCGUGUGCAACGCCCUGCUGGCCCAGGAGGAUCCCCUGCCACUGGCUUUUUAUGUCCACGAUGCCGAAAUUGUCUCCUCAUUGGGAAGGACACUGGAGUCACAAUCCGUGGAGACAGAGAAGGUCCUCGACAUCAUCUACCAGCCACAGGCUAUCUUCCGUGUCCGUGCUGUGACCCGUUGCACCAGUUCCUUGGAAGGUCACAGUGAGGCAGUCAUUUCUGUGGCUUUCAGCCCCACUGGAAAGUACCUCGCUAGUGGCUCUGGAGACACCACAGUGCGCUUCUGGGAUCUUAGCACUGAGACACCGCAUUUCACAUGCCAGGGGCACAGACACUGGGUUCUGAGCAUAUCCUGGUCCCCAGAUGGCAAGAAGCUGGCUUCAGGUUGCAAGAAUGGCCAGAUUCUUCUGUGGGACCCCAGCACAGGGAAGCAGGUGGGCAGGCCCCUUGCUGGCCAUAGCAAGUGGAUCACAGGCCUGAGCUGGGAGCCCCUUCAUGCGAACCCUGAGUGCCGCUAUGUAGCGAGCAGCUCUAAGGACGGUAGCGUGCGGGUCUGGGAUACAACCGCGGGCCGCUGUGAACGUAUUCUUACUGGGCACACGCAGUCAGUCACCUGUCUCCGGUGGGGAGGUGAUGGACUUCUCUACUCCGCCUCCCAGGACCGCACCAUCAAAGUCUGGCGUGCACAUGAUGGUGUGCUAUGUCGUACUCUGCAAGGCCAUGGCCAUUGGGUGAACACUAUGGCACUCAGCAUCGACUAUGCAUUGCGCACAGGGGCCUUUGAGCCAGCUGAGGCCACAAUCAAUGCCCAAGACCUCCAAGGCUCCUUGCAGGAGUUGAAGGAGAGGGCUCUGAAACGGUACAACAUUGUGCGGGGCCAGGGCCCAGAGAGGCUGGUGUCUGGCUCAGAUGACUUCACCCUAUUCCUGUGGUCCCCAGCAGAGGACAAGAAGCCCCUCGCAAGGAUGACAGGACACCAGGCCCUCAUCAACCAGGUGCUCUUCUCCCCUGACUCACGCAUCAUCGCCAGUGCCUCCUUUGACAAAUCCGUCAAACUGUGGGAUGGCAAGACAGGCAAGUACCUGACUUCCCUGCGUGGGCACGUGGCUGCUGUGUACCAGAUUGCCUGGUCAGCCGACAGCCGGCUCUUGGUCAGCGGCAGCAGUGACAGCACACUGAAGGUGUGGGAUGUGAAGGCCCAGAAGCUGGCAACAGACCUUCCAGGCCAUGCAGACGAGGUAUAUGCUGUCGACUGGAGUCCAGAUGGCCAAAGAGUGGCAAGUGGUGGGAAGGACAAAUGCCUCCGGAUAUGGAGGAGAUGAGGAAUUCUGUGGGUCUCUCUGACCCCCACCUGGACUCCACCUCUGCCAGCUGCCUGUUCUGACAGACCUAAGGCCAGCAUAGUGAUCCUGAGAAAGAACUUGACCUGCUGUCCUCGACCAGGUCCCAGUGGGGAUCCUCCCAGAGCAGGAGAGAGAAGGUCGAAGGAGAGUCAACUCUGCCCUUGGCCAUGACCCUGCCUUGCCAGUGCUGGCAGGGGUGGCAGGAGGCCAAGCAGUGGUUGGACCCCUGCUGCUACCCCUGCUUCCUUUCCUGUGUCAUCUUAGUUUAAGGUCACAUCCCAGAUUCUGUGACCAAAUAAAUAAUUUAUAUUUUGUGUGU